UAAACAGAGGUAAGGGGCCCCUACUACUAAAUUAGGAUUAGCUUCUUCCUUUAACUACCUACACUCAGGAAUAGCGCUUGUGGUGCCCCAGAUUAGUCAGUAUGGCUGCUGAGUAAUAAACCACGUGAUCGCAGAACCAGGGCUCUCGGCGCUGCUAUCUGGCUCCAUUUCGCUGGCUGUGCAUAGUUCGCGUCGUGACUUUUCAUGCUUUUUAUGCUUCCCCAUAUACCCUGUGUUGUUUUGUCUCUCCUGACUUCCUGCUUUAUUCUCCAGUUUUCGAUGUGGACGGUUAUCUUGGUGGCGUGCAACCCCCCUAUGCUCGCUUGUCCUCUCAAUGGCUGAGCUCGAUUAUGUUCCUCCUGCGGCUUCGGCGGAGUCUGUCCAGGUAGGCAGCGGCCUGCAAGACGACGAACACGAACUGCCCCCAAGGACAAGCUCCCCGCCAUUGUCGUCCGCUAGCAAUGGAGAGGGAAACUUCUCCGCUAAUAAUAAAAACGAAGUAAAUAUGGAUGUUUCCCCGACCGCCACCUCUCCCGACCCUGAGUCCGUUCGGCAGCAGGAUAAGGAUCCCCACCUCUCGACAGCUGGCAGUCCCGAGCGGACGCAAGCGUUUAGCGAUACUGAGAAAAUAGAUGCAGAAGAACCGAGUUCAGAUAAUGUGGACAACGCUUCCGAGGGCCAGGAAGGCGUUGAGGGUUCUGUACAUAAGGUCGAGCUGGAGGAAGUCAAAUCUCCAUCAACUGAGGAUGGUGGCCCAACAGGUCCGUUCCACGCGCGAGCAGGCACGCCUGAUGUAAGAACACGUUCGGACUCGAGGUCCACCGUUGCGACUCAGAAUACGCAACGAUCCACGCCAAUUAGCUCCGCCGUGUUCAUUCUAACUGCUCUCGAUACAAUCGGGUCUUCAAAGGAGGCACGGCGGAGUACGGAGUUGGAAGAUGCUGUGACCAAAGCCCGUGCGAACAUCAAGCAAUCCGACGAACGACCUAUUGAUCCGGAAGUCAUCUUUGCCCCGUUACAGCUGGCUACGAAGACGUUUAGCAUACCUUUACAGGUGACAGCCCUUGACUGCAUCGGCAAACUCAUCACCUAUUCUUAUUUCGCGUUCCCGCCGACCCCGGCCGCCGAAAAUCCACAAACUGCCCCCAACCGGCUUCCGCUCAUAGAACGGGCUAUCGAAACAAUUUGUUCGUGUUUUGAGAAUGAAUCUACCCCACCUGAAAUACAACAGCAGAUCAUUAAGUCCCUCCUCGCCGCGGUACUGAAUGACAAAAUUGUCGUCCACGGAGCUGGUCUCCUAAAGGCCGUUAGACAGAUAUAUAAUAUCUUCAUAUAUUCCAAAUCUAGUCAAAACCAGCAAGUUGCCCAAGGGUCACUCACCCAGAUGGUAGGCACUGUGUAUGAUAGAGUCCGCAUUCGUCUGGAUCUUAAGGAGGCUCGGAUCCGUGAUAGGGAAGAUCAAGAUGAUUCCUCCCCGGCGCCCGACGCAAUCAGCCAGGCCAAUGGUGGUUCGCCAAACGAGCAAGAUGCGUCGUCUGAAGCUUCCCAGCCUGUUCCUGACCAACCCGUCGCCAAAGAUUUGACAGAGAAGCUCACCCUGCAGAGCUUUGAGACAAAUAAGGAUGCUCUUCUGGUCAACGAUAAUGCUCCAACGAUGGUUACGCGCGCAAAAGUCAGCAGGAAGCAAGCCAGGUCCGUAUCUGGCGAGGAAGGGGACUCUUUCGCCGACGAUGACGUAGACGAAAUAUAUGUGAAAGACGCCUUCCUCGUUUUCCGCGCAUUGUGCAAACUCAGUCAUAAAAUCCUUUCUCAUGAACAGCAGCAGGAUAUUAAGUCUCAGAAUAUGAGAUCUAAGUUGCUUUCCUUACACUUAAUUCAACAUCUUCUCAGCAACCAUAUCGCCGUUUUUACCUCCCCCCUCUCCACCUUGAAACACAGUAGCACUUCCGCCGACUCUAUGACGCUUUUAGAAGCCAUCAAACCGCAUCUUUGUCUAAGUCUGAGCAGAAAUGGAGCCAGUUCUGUCCCGCGCGUUUUUGAAGUUGGUUGCGAGAUAUUUUGGCUCAUGCUCAAAUAUAUGAGAGUUAUGCUCAAGAAAGAAAUUGAGGUCUUCCUCAAAGAAAUCUACCUCGCCAUUUUGGAAAAGCGAAGUUCUCCAAUGUUUCAAAAACUGUAUUUUAUGGAUAUUCUCGAAAGGCUCUCCGCUGAUCCAAGAGCGCUGGUGGAAAUUUAUUUAAAUUACGACUGCGAUCGCACUGCUUUAGAAAAUAUAUUUCAAGGCAUUAUCGAGCAUUUAUCGAGACAGUCUAGUGCCCCUGUGACAGUCACGGCGAUACAGGAGCAACAAUAUCAGGAACACAACAAAACUACACCUAAUAAUAAUGAUUGGCAUCAAAAAGGGACACUUCCACCCUCUCUCUCUACUGCCAAAAUGAGCACUGGAACACCCGCGGGUACACAAAAUAUCCCCCCAGAAUACAUCAUGAAACAACGGGCGCUUGAAUGUCUAGUGCAAAUUUUACGGUCAUUGGAUAUUUGGUCAUCUCGGAAGCUCGAAGAACAAAACCCUAUCGGUCGCGAGGUCCAAUCUAGAUCCUCCAUAGGAGGCUCCAGGGAAUCUCUAGACACAAGCUCUAUCUUACCUGCGACUUCCCCUAAUCCUGAGAACGGAGAAUUUACACUAAGUCAUUCUGCCCCUAUAUUAGAUGACGAUCCCAAUCAGAUAGAGAAAGUAAAGCAACGGAAAAUUGCCCUUACAAAUGCUAUCAAGCAAUUUAAUUUCAAACCUAAAAGAGGAAUCAAGGUCUUACUCUUGGAAGGAUUCAUCCCAUCCAACUCCCCUGUCGAUAUCGCGAACUUCCUUAUUCGAAAUGACCGAUUAGAUAAAACAAUGCUUGGAGAGUAUCUCGGCGAGGGCGAUCCGGAAAAUAUUGCCAUUAUGCACGCAUUUGUUGAUUGUAUGGAUUUCAAGAAACGACGGUUCGUGGAUGCCCUCCGGCAAUUCUUGCAGAGCUUCCGACUGCCUGGCGAGUCGCAGAAAAUUGACCGGUUCAUGCUUAAAUUUGCUGAACGCUAUUUAACCGGCAAUCCCAAUGCCUUUGCCACUGCUGAUGCUGCCUACGUCCUUGCCUAUUCAGUCAUCUUGCUAAAUACAGAUCUUCAUAGCGUCAAGAUGAAGGGGCGACGAAUGACCAAACAGGAUUUCAUCAACAACAAUCGUGGGAUCAAUGACAAUAGCGACCUUCCCGAGGAGUACCUCUCGGGUAUUUAUGACGAAAUCGCUAAUAAUGAGAUCGUGCUUAAUACAGAGAGGGAGAAUGCUGCUAAUCUGGGUAUUCCAACGCAACCACAACCGGGACUAGCUACUAGGGCAGGGCAGGUUUUGGCAACGGUUGGCCGAGAUGUGCAGGGUGAGCGCUAUGCGCAAGCAUCGGAGGAGAUUGCCAACAAAACGGAACAACUUUAUCGGAGUUUGAUCCGAGCGCAACGAAAGUCUGCAAUCAAAGAGGCUCUCUCGCGCUUCAUCCCCGCAACCUCGGCGCGGCAUGUUGGGUCCAUGUUCAAUGUAACUUGGAUGUCCUUCCUUUCUGGUCUUUCAGCGCAUGUCCAGGACACUCAACAAUUGGACACGAUACGCCUCUGUAUGGAGGGAAUUCGUUUGUCUAUCCGCAUUGCUUGCCAAUUCGACCUGGAAACUCCUCGCGUUGCCUUCGUUACCGUGCUGGCGAAAUUUACAAAUCUAGGCAACCUUAGAGAAAUGAUGGCUAAAAAUGUGGAAGCGUUGAAGGUGUUGCUUGACGUCGCCAUCACUGAGGGCAACCACUUGAAGGAAUCUUGGCGAGAAAUCUUGACUUGUAUAAGUCAACUUGACAGAUUCCAACUCCUAACCGACGGCGUGGAUGAGGGGGCGUUGCCUGAUGUGUCGAUGGCUAGGCUUACUCCACCGUCUACCGCAGAUGCAUCGCGUGCCAGAAAGUAUUCUCAAGCAUCCCGGCGACCACGACCCCGCUCUAUCCAUCAUGCAAAUGCACCCUACCGUGCAGAGGUGGCUAUGGAAAGUCGCUCGACAGAGAUGAUUCGCGGCGUUGACAGAAUAUUCACGAACACUGCCAACCUCUCCAACGAUGCCAUUGUAGACUUUGUUCGCGCGCUUAGCCACGUGAGCUGGCAAGAAAUCCAAUCUUCUGGCCAAAGUGACUCGCCUCGUACUUACAGCCUCCAGAAAGUUGUUGAGAUCAGUUACUACAACAUGACUCGAGUCAGGAUCGAAUGGAGCAGGAUCUGGGAUAUUCUAGGCGAUCACUUCAACCAGGUUGGCUGCCAUACCAAUACAGCCGUCGUAUUCUUUGCCCUCGACUCCCUCCGCCAGCUUUCCAUGCGGUUCAUGGAAUUGGGAGAACUACCCGGAUUCCAAUUCCAGAAAGAUUUCUUGAAACCCUUUGAGCAUGUCAUGGCCCACAGUACGGCGGUUACUGUUAAGGAUAUGGUACUUCGCUGUCUUAUUCAGAUGAUUCAAGCUCGUGGCGAUAAUAUUCGGUCUGGGUGGAAAACUAUGUUUGGUGUUUUCAGUGUUGCUGCGCGAGAGCCCUAUGAAGGAAUUGUUAGCAUGGCGUUUGAGCAUGUUCUGCAGGUUUACACAACUCGUUUUGGCGUUAUCAUCACCCAAGGCGCCUUUGCAGACCUCAUUGUGUGUCUCACAGAGUUCUCGAAAAAUCUGAAGUUCCAGAAAAAGUCACUUCAGGCAAUUGAAACGUUGAAAUCGACCGUUCCUAAAAUGCUCAAGACUCCAGAAUGCCCUUUGUAUCAGCGUCGCCCUGGGCAAGGAGAAGAUGGUCUACCAACUGCUCCACUGCAACCGAGUCGACAAUCGGCAGAGGAGCAAUUCUGGUACCCUGUCUUGAUUGCUUUCCAAGACGUACUGAUGACCGGCGAUGAUCUUGAAGUUCGAUCAAGGGCAUUAAAUUAUCUCUUCGAGACUCUAAUUCGAUAUGGAGGAGAUUUCCCUCCUGAAUUCUGGGAUAUCCUUUGGAGACAACUGUUAUAUCCUAUCUUCAUUGUCCUCCAGUCGAAAUCGGAAAUGUCCAAAGUGCCGAAUCAUGAAGAGUUGUCCGUCUGGCUGUCAACCACAAUGAUCCAAGCGCUACGUAAUAUGAUUACUCUGUUCACGCAUUACUUCGACUCCCUCGAGUAUAUGUUAGAUCGAUUUUUGGAGCUACUCACGCUGUGUAUAUGCCAAGAGAACGACACGAUCGCGCGAAUUGGUAGCAAUUGUUUGCAACAACUUAUCUUGCAGAACGUCUCCAAAUUCCAACAGAAGCAUUGGACCAAAAUUGUGGGCGCUUUCGUGGAAUUAUUUGAGAAGACCACUGCCUACGAGCUAUUUACUGCUGCAGCCACCACAGCGCCUAUCAAGGAACCAGAGACCCCAAAGCGCACUGCUGAAAGUGCUACUAUCGUAGAAUCUGCUGACGGAACUUCUCAGGGAGGGCUUUCGCCGACUUCUACACCUACGAAAGUUAAUGGAAAAAGGUCUUUUGAUGAGGAAAGUCAUGACGCAGAGGAUAGCCAAUCGAGCGCUAGCCAUCCACCCCCAGCUGCAUCUUCUGAACUUGAAGAUUACCGUCCUCAAUCCCAAAUGGGGCAACCUCCUGCAGUAGUAACGGUUGCACGGCGACGAUUCUUCAACGGUAUUAUCACCAACUGCGUGCUGCAGUUACUAAUGAUUGAAACCGUCCACGAGCUCUUCUCGAAUGAUGCCGUCUACGCACAAAUACCAAGUCAGGAGCUUCUGCGGCUCAUGGGGCUCUUAAAGAAGAGUUACCAAUUCGCGAAGAAGUUCAACGAAGCCAAGGAUCUUAGAGUGCAGCUGUGGCGACAGGGAUUCAUGAAACAGCCUCCCAAUCUCCUCAAGCAGGAGAGCGGAAGCGCAGCUACAUAUGUCAAUAUUCUCUUCCGCAUGUACCAUGAUGAGGGCGAUGAAAGGAAGAACAGCAGAGCCGAAACUGAGGCUGCACUUAUCCCUCUAUGCGCGGAUAUCAUUCGCGGUUACGCUCAUCUGGACGAAGAAACUCAACAGCGCAACAUCGUGGCGUGGCGACCAGUCGUUGUGGACGUUAUGGAAGGGUACACCGGUGUGCCCCGAGAGACGUUCGAAAAACACAUUGAAACUUUCUACCCGAUCUGCAUUGAUUUGCUCGGCCGCGACCUCAACAACGACAUCCGCCUUGCCUUAUAUUCCUUCCUCCGCCGGGUAGGAGAGUGCCGCCUCGGGAUGCCUGCGUACAUCCCUCAGGAAACGCCCUCCAGCCCACGGAGUUCUACUUCUCAACACCAUUUCAAUGGUAGCAGGCGACGCAGUAAAGGGCGUUGAAUGAAAAGCUAUCUAUCGACUUUUACAAGCACACUCUGUUUCUACUUACGUUUUUACUACCUACUUGUUUGUUUUUUUCGUUUUCUUUUUCAUCUGAUGGAUUUUGUCUACCCGACGCCCUCUUUUGCCCUGUACACCUACCUAGACUUCCUUGGUUUGAUCAUGUUUUUGUUUAUUAUUUAGUUAUUCUCCUCUGUGGUCAAUGCGCUUGGCGUUUUUUUUUAUCUAGAUUUCGCGCGUUUUCAUAUAUGUAUACCUCUCUAUUUAUAUAAUCGAUUGCCUGCUCUUGCCGUUGUCGGUUUUGGCUGAAAUGAUGAUCGUUGGAUCAUGAACAAGGCCCAUAAAAAUUUCAAUUCUCCAACACCAUAUAAUAUGAACAUGCUAAUUUAGUUUAUACUCUUACAUGCUUCAGUCCAUAAGAGAUCGCCAUUACCAUGCUUAGGCUUGCCGCACAUUAUUGCAAACAAUUAGGAAUUUGUAUACGCACCGGUAAAUGUGCAUUAGCAUACAAUCACUUCCACUCGCACCUAUCCAGCCAAUACAAUAACAAUUUAUACAUUCGGAGGGAAAGCUCCCUAUCAACAGCUAAAGCCCAUACUCCCGUCAAAGGCAGUCAAGCUGGCUUUUUCUCCCAGGCGCACUUGUUCGAACGUCGGCACCUUGUCUGAGGGAUAGUAGCCAAGCAGAGUCUCGAUAUCGUCCUCGUCCAUCUCUACGAGUUCUUCUAGGCUCCACAUUUCGCAUAUCCGUGAUAUCCUAUGCAGCUAUCAGAUGGAAAGGGAACGAUGGACAUAAAAUCACAAACAUGGAGAAGAGAGGUUGGGGGGAAAGGGGGUGUCUGAACCAUGAACGCAAAACAAGUUGGACGUGACUGACCAUUUCAUUCUCUUGGGCCCAUCUUUGUGUGAAGAAGCGAUCUCUCUAAGCCUCCUCCGCAACUUGCCAACGUUUUCAAUCGCCGCCCCUGUGUUCCUUGGCAAUGUCCGCGCAAUUUCCUUCCGCACCAUACUGGCCAACUUCGGCCCGUUCCCAUUUGUACUCACCAUGAUCUGCAAGGGCCCAUCGCGGUGCACGCUUCCAAAGUAAAAGUCACACUCUGAUGGUACAUCGGCUAUAUUCGCGGGAAUCCUGCGCUCCUUGCACAGCUUCCAGAUCUGCGUCGACGCCUCUGGGUCAUCGACGGCAACGAGCACCAUGUCUACCACCCCAACACCAUUAUCAUCGUCGGGAUCAAGGUCGCGAGGCUCGAAUUUGCGGUCGAUGUGCGAGACUUGUUUCGAGGCGAUGCGGUAGGAGACCUCAUCGUUGAGACCUGAGGAUGGGCUGAUAACGGUUACCUUUGCAUCGGCAUUAAGCGCAUGCACUAUGCGGCCGGCUGCUACCUGUAGGCACUCUCAUUAAAGCUGGGUUAGUUUGAAGGAAGGCCAAUUAGAAAUUUAGGAUCUGAUAUAAUUAUGCAGCAGCGACGUACCUCACCACCACCAACCACUAGAAUGUGCUUGUUCUUGACCUGCCAUGCGACGAUCAAGGAGCCGCCUGGUUGGAUCUGCGGGAAUUUAGAGGACGGCAUAGCAGCAAGACAUGUGGAUGGGUAUGCUUAGGAAGAGGAAUCAAAGUAGAUUAUAUUUAUUUAUACUUAGAAUAAGAGCUAAAAAAGAGUUCAGUUGAUGGUUAUAUGGAAGUUAUUUAAUUGUUGCUGAGAAAUAAAUAAUAAAUAAUCUUGCCCGCGA